AUGGAAAUUGGAGCUGACAAUGCUGCUGAUACAGCUAUCAAGAGGCCGUUUGAGAAUGAAGAUUUGCCCGAGGCUGGUAAGGCUAAAAUAGAGAAUCAGGGCAGGAAACGGCUGGCGUGUUCAAAUUGUCGAAGACGGCGUAAGAAGUGUGAUCUGACUUAUCCCUGCGGUAACUGUCAGCGUUUGAGUUUAGAAUGUAAUGUGAAUGAAGAAGACUUGCGUAAGAAACGGUAUGCUGCUACUUAUGUCAAGUCAUUGGAGACUCAUAUCGCGUAUUUGGAAACGUCUUUGAAGAAUCUGGUGGACAAAGUGUACCCGAAUGACGUUCAGGUUCUCAAUAACAUGAUGAUCGGCGAUGUGGAUUCUGGUUUUCCUAAUAAUUUACCUCCCACGAUUGAAAAUCCAAGGUUAUCUGUUGACAAGAAAAGAACAUUUAUCAAGGGUAGUUACUAUCCCGAAGGACCGGUGAGUGAAAAAACUCAGGUGCUUAGACGCUCAACAUCGGCUUUAUCUGUGAACUCGCUCGUCUCUUCAAGCUCUUCAACACCUUCUGCUUACCCUGAGACCAUGAAGAAGGAAAGGAUUAAGGAUCUACAUACGGCUGUGAUUGUGAGACCCAAUCGUAAUCCUGAUCCAAACCUGAUCAACAAUGAUCCAAAGGUGUUGAAAUCGUUGUCCAAAUUUUAUACGUGGUUGUAUCCUGGACACUACUUCUUUCUGCACCGUGAAAGUUUUUUGUAUGGAUUCUUUAACCACGCAGAGAACCAUUAUGAGGAUUCCAAUUACUGUUCAACGGAGCUGAUUUAUGCAAUGUGCGCUGUCGGUAGUCGUCUUUCGCCUGAACUGCACGACAUGUCUCAAAUUUACUACGAAAAGAGUAAGACUAAGCUUUUGCAAUUAGUUUUUGACGAAGAUAGUGUUGCGAGUAUCACCACUGUGCAAGCGCUUUUCUGCCUUGCAUUCUACGAGCUGGGAAAAGGUGAUAAUAAGAUCGCAUGGUACCUGAGCGGUCUUGCAAUUCGUGUAGGAUACGAGAUGGGUUUUCAAUUGGACCCUCAGGUGUGGAUUACCACUGACUCGGAUGAUGCGAAACAGAAACUGACCAAGAGCGAGUUAGAGAUUCGUUCCCGGAUUUACUGGGGUUGUUACGUGGCGGACCACCUGAUCUGCGUCCUUCUGGGCCGUACAUCUACAUUGAGCGUUAGUAAUUCCACCAUUCCACAGAGCGAUGAACUUCCGGAACUUGAAGGUACAGAAGGCUUCAAAUACAGAAGCGAUCAUGAAUUACAGGUCUCUGUUCCAUUAAAGAAUUUGAUCGUGCUCUCACGUGUGGUGCAAAUUUACACUGCUAAGAUCUUCAUCGAGGCUCAUCUCACCUCACAAAAACUAGUUUUCUUAGCUCGAUUCAAUUUGAAAGUGCAAAGUUGGAGGCAAUCAUUACCACCGUUCCUUGCUUGGUCAACGCAGUCGCUUAAAGAUAUGAUGCUUGCAACUGAUCCCACAAUCUCAUAUUUCUGGUACUACUACUACAUCGUGCGUCUGAUCUUCAACAGACCCUUUCUAGCAGACUCCAGUGAUAGUCGUGCCGUGGUAAUGGACGCUCUUGACGACUUGACUACUUUGUUCACGAAUUUCCGUGCAAGAUUCCAAAAUUUUUAUAAGGCAACUUUACAAAUGUUGUAUGCGUGCCUGCUAGCCACGAACUGUUUGGAACACUUGCUUCAUGCAACUGCACCAGAUACUCCACAGCACCGUGAAGUGACAUCGAGAUUGAGAUUUUUUUCCACCAUUUUACACAAAGAUAUGGCCGUCACGUUUGAUUUACCUUCUACAUUAGCAAGAAGUCGAGACCACCAACCAUUACAGUUGGACCAAUUGGAUCAAGCCUGUAAUUCAGCCUACACGCACGAUUUUACUCUGAGUAACGAGAUCGACGAAUUGAUAAGAGAGCUGUUCGGUUCCAAUGAUCCGCAACUGCCUACAACAUAG